UUCCUCCAACGAUUUCAAGGUUAGAGUUGUUUGUUGACAGUUUUCAUUGCUGCCAGUGUUGAAUUAUCAUUCAGCAGUGAUUGACGAUGGGAGACGAAGAGGGACCCAAGGAGUACCGCUGGGAGACCGGUUACGAGAAAACUUGGGAAGCGAUUAAGGAAGACGAUCAUGGGGGUCUGGAGGCAUCAGUGGCUGAUAUCAUCCACAAGGCGAAGAGAAAACGACAGCUGGAUAAAAGUGGAGGCACCAGGUUGGGAAUGAUGAGGCAUUUAUUCAUUAUUCUCGAUGCUUCCGAGGCCAUGGGAACACAGGAUCUCAAACCUACCAGACUCCUGUGUUCUAUAAAGCUCCUGGGAGAUUUCGUUGAAGAAUUUUUCUAUCAGAAUCCGAUCAGUCAAUUGGGGGUCAUUGUGACGAGGAAUAAAAGGGCUGAGAAGCUCAGUGAAUUGUCUGGGAACUCCAAGAAGCAUAUAAAGGAAAUUCAGGGUCUCAGUCAGUCCACUUCAAUCACUGGGGAGCCAUCGCUUCAGAAUUCCCUGGAGUUGGCCCUGAAGUCCUUGAAAAACCUUCCUUGCCAUGCCAGCAGAGAAAUCCUCGUCAUCAUGGGGUCUUUGACGACCUGUGACCCUGGGGAUAUCACUGAGACCAUUCAGUCUUUGAAAACCGAAGGAGUGAGGUGCAGUGUUAUUGGUCUAGCAGCAGAGCUUCAUGUCUGCAAGAGAAUGGCAACCAGCACUGGGGGUGAGCAUGGAGUUGUCCUCGACGACAAGCACUUCCUGGAGCAACUGAAAGCCCAUGUGGAUCCUCCACCAGCUGCAACGAGACUCGAGGCAGCUCUCGUUAAAAUGGGAUUUCCACAUCAUGCCCUACACAGCACACCCACUGACACAGCCAUGAGUGUCUGCAUGUGUCACGCAGAAAACACAGACGAAUCAGGAAAAUUGACGUCUGCUGGGUACCUGUGCCCUCAAUGUUUAUCAAAACACUGCGAAUUGCCAGUGGAAUGUAAAUCGUGUGGUCUGACUCUCGUCUCUGCACCACAUCUGGCUAGGUCUUAUCAUUAUCUCUUCCCCGUUGAGACUUUCAAGGAAAUACCAACGCAGGAAACCUCAAACCACUGCUACGGCUGCCAGAGGAGUAUUUCAGAAGCUGAUAAGAAGGUUUACACGUGCGAUAAAUGCACUCAGACGUUCUGCCUUGAUUGCGAAAUUUUCAUUCACGAGUCGUUGCAUACGUGUCCUGGCUGUGCCACCAAUCCAGAAUCAUUUAAAAAAUCUGUUAGCAGUAAUAGUUAAGUUCAUUAAUAUAUUUUGUAUUUUAUAGGAAAUAAAUCAUUUUUUA